ACCGUGUUUAAAAAAAAAAAAAAAAAAAAAAAAAGAGAGGAAAAAAGGCCAUUUUAUUUCAUUUGAUUAUUGUUUCUAGAUAAUUUAAAGCUACAAAAUUUACAUCCCUUAUUUUAAUUUUCAAAUUUGUCUCUGUUUUCUGGUUAAAUUAAUCAUAUUCGAGCUCCACGAUAAUCAUUGGAUGAUUCGAUUGGGAGAAAUUCAAAAUUACUCUUGAAGUGAGUUGGGCUUUGUAUAAAGUGCGAAUCAGGCUGAUUCGGGCUUUCUUUUGGAGUAAGAAUAUGGGGAAGCCUACUGGGAAGAAGAAAAUUCAAACAGGAUCAAAAUCCAAUGAUGGAAAUGCGAAACAAACCAAAGCUCAGGAUCGCAACUCGAAAGCAUUUGAUGAAGACACUGCUAUCUUCAUUAACAUGUCCCAAGAGAUGAAGGAAGAAGGCAACAAACUGUUUCAAAAACGUGAUCACGAGGGUGCUAUGUUGAAGUACGAAAAGGCCCUCAAAUUGCUCCCUUCUAAUCACAUUGAUGUUGCAUAUCUACGUAGCAACAUGGCGGGAUGCUACAUGCAAAUGGGUAUUGGUGAGUACCCAAGAGCAAUAAACCAGUGCAAUUUGGCACUUCACGUUGCUCCCAAGUAUAGCAAGGCUCUGUUGAAGAGGGCAACAUGUUAUGAGGCCUUGAAUAGGCUUGAUUUGGCGUUGAGAGAUGUUAAUAACGUGUUGAGCAUGGAACCAAAUAAUUUGAACGCUCUGGAUAUUGCAGAGAAGGUGAAUAAGGCGAUUGAGGAAAGGGGUCUAAAAAAUGAAGAAAAAGAAAUGGAUUUGCCCCCUGACCAUGCUGAGCCUCAUCAAGCCUCAAUUUCUGGUAAGGUUGCCAAAGAAAAGACAAAAAAGAGGAAAAGCAGUAAGUUCGAGAAGAGAAGUGUUGAGGAAGAACCUGAGGAUAAGAAAGUCGAUGAAGUCGAGGAAAAGGAAGUCGAUCUAGUUGAGGAAAAGAAAGUCGAUGAAAUCGAGGAAAAGAAGGCUGAGGAUAAGGUGGUUGUAGAAGAGAAGAGAAGUGUUAAGGAAGAGAAGGUCGUCAUGAAGACUGUGAAAUUGAUUCACGGAGAGGAUAUAAGAUGGGCUCAGAUACCUGUUAAUUGCAGCAUUAAACUUGUGAGGGAUGUAGUUUUGGACCGAUUUCCAACUUUGGAGGGUGUACUUAUCAAGUACAAGGAUCAAGAAGGCGAUUUAGUUACAAUCACAACAAAUGAUGAGCUGAGAUUGGCGGAGGCAUUAGCUGAUCCUACUGGUUUUCUGAGACUGCACAUUGCAGAAGUUAGUCCCCAUAAAGAACCACUUUAUGAGGGAAUGAGCAGUGAAGAGAGAAUGCAACAAACCAAUGGGAAACCAACUACUUUUACAGAAAACAGUAAUGGGGAGAAAGGGCUGACUUGUGUUGAGGACUGGAUUUUCCAAUUUGCGAGGCUCUUCAAGAAUCAUGUUGGGUUUGAUUGUGAUUCAUACUUAGAUCUUCAUGAAAUGGGGAUGAAGUUAUAUUCAGAAGCAAUGGAAGACACUGUUACAAGUGACGAUGCACAAAAAAUCUUUGAAAUUGCUGCAACGAAGUUCCAAGAGAUGGCCGCUUUAGCAUUGUUUAAUUGGGGAAAUGUUCACAUGUCUAGGGCGGGGAAGAGGGUGUCCUUUACAGAAGACAGUUCUGGGGAGUCGGUCUUAGCUCAAGUCAAAAUGGCAUACGAUUGGGCUCAAAAGGAAUAUGUGAAAGCUGGAAUGAGGUAUGAAGAAGCUCUAAAAAUUAAACCAGAUUUCUAUGAAGGUCUUCUUGCACUUGGGCUGCAGCAAUUUGAACAAGCAAAGCUCUCUUGGUAUUAUAUAAUUGGGAGCAAGGUCGAUUCAGAGAUGGGGCAAUCUGCGCAGGUCUUAGAGCUAUUCAAUAAAGCCGAGGAUAGCAUGGAGAGAGGCAUGCAGGUUUGGGAAGAGAUAGAGGAACAGCGUCUAAAUGGACUGUCCAAAUCGGAAAAUCAGAGAGCUGAAUUGCAGAAAUUAGGGUUGGAUGGGCUUUUUAAAGACAUGUCGCCUGAUGAAGCUGCAGAACAGGCUGCCAGUAUGAGGUCUCAGUUAUACACCUUAUGGGGUACUUUGCUGUAUGAACGUUCUGUUGUGGAAUUUAAAUUGGGUUUACCAACCUGGGAAGAAUGCCUGGAGGUUGCAGUUGAAAAAUUUGGACUUGCUGGAGCAUCAGCUACAGAUAUUGCAGUUAUGGCUAAGAAUCAUUGUUCUAAUGCAACUGCUUUAGAAGGAUUCAAAGUUGACGAGAUAGUGCAGGCAUGGAAUGACAUGUAUGAUGCAGAUAGGUGGCGAACUCGUGCUGCAUCUUUUCGCCUAGAACCAUUGAUCAGGCGGCGCACUCCCAAACUUCACUCUGUUUUGGAGCAUCUUUAAGUUAUCUUGCUAAAGAUUGGCAAUUCAAUAGGGAAAAAUAUUGGUUUCUUCGUAUAUGUUUGUCUUUGUUUUGGUUGCUUGCUUAUGGAAGCAAACAACGAUUUCAUCAUCCGAGUGUUGCAUUUUGGGUCAGAUUGCUCGUGAUUUAGUUGCAGAGCUUUUUAUAUCAUUAUUUUUCUCCAGUCGAUGAUUUUCUCAAAGGCUGAGGAAGUCUCAGUAUUACACAAUAAAAUCGGUAUUACAGUUGAUUUUUUAAAGGUUUUGUGAGGGCUAUUGUGUAUUUACAGUUUGCAUAUUUGUCAGCUUGUUUUGAUAGUGGGAGAAGCCUGAAAUUUUUUUGCCUUUGUCGCAUUUUAUUAUGAUGAUUAAAGGUUGACCUUUUCUCUUA